GCCCACUGUCAGAGAAUCUGCAGGUUGGAACUAAAGCAGUAAAGCUUAAAGUGGUGCUUGUUGUUGCAGUGUUGAGAGUGAGACUCUGACAGCAUGCACACCUAGUGGAGACGAGCUCGUAUCGGAUGUGGAGAUUGGAAACAGUUCAGAGUCUGAGGAGAUCGAAAGAGACCUGGCUGAACAGACUAACGUCGAAAUGGAAGCCUAUCACGUUGUAAAAGUCCUAACAACUUCCGAGAGAGUGUACGUCAGUGUGCUGAAUCUCCUACACACAGACUUCAGAGGAGUUGCCUUGGAGGCUGUUGAUGGUGAAGUGUGCCCUGUGUUGGACCGGGAAGUAGUCACUUUCAUCCUGAGUGCUGUCUCUGAGCUCCUUGAUCUCCACCAGGAAAUACUGCAGGAGUUGGAGCAGAGUGUGACUGAAUGGGAGCAGGCAGGCCCAUGUUUGGCGCAUGUGAUCUUAGCCCGAGGGCCCAGACUGAGUGUGUACUCCAGGUAUAUUGAGCAAUUUGAACAUAACCUCGCAAUCCUGGAACAAUCCUGUAGCAACUCACAAGAGCUUUCCACAAGGCUGCUGGAGUUCGAGGUCCAACCUGAUUCUAACAGGCUGACUGUAAAGCAGUGUCUUUACAUGCUGCUACUGCGAGUCCCUCAAUAUCACCUUUACCUGACAGAUUACUUGAAUAAUUUGCAUCCAGACAAUUCCGAGUAUGAAGAUACUCAAGCUGCUCUUUGUGUUGUGAGGACGUUGUGUGAGCAGCUGAGAACGUGCGUGACCCAAGCAGAGAAUCUACAGAAGCUGUUGGAAGUUGAGCACCGAGUGAAUGGAGUGCACCAGCUCUCACAGCCUGGCAGGGUGCUCAUCAAGGAAGGAGGAUUGCUGAGAGUGACUGAAGGAACACUACAGCCUCGAUACUGUUUCCUGCUCAGCGACAUGUUCCUGUACACUGCGCCCCAGCAUAGUUGGAAAUAUCAACUCAACAAGACACUGCCGCUGCAUGGCAUGAAGGUGAGCAGAGUGCCUGUCGAAGAGACUGAGACGCUACUGAAGAUCCAGAGUGUGCGAGGCUCCAUCACACUCUGUGCCAGCUCCUCUACAGAACGUGAUGAGUGGCUAGCUAAUAUCAGCAAAGCAGCAGAUGAUUAUCAGAGGACACAGACACUCUUGGGCCUGAGAGGGAAUGCUGAGCUGUUCUCAGAGAAGACUGACAGUGGUCUGGGUGCCAAGCCACCAAUGCUGAUCCCUGACUCCCGAGUGGGGAUGUGUAUGAUCUGCUCAAGUGACUUCUCCCUGACAUGGAGACGUCAACACUGCCAUGCAUGUGGGAAGGUUAUAUGUCGAACAUGUUCCAGGAACAAGUAUCCACUCAAGUAUCUGAAAGGCAGGAUGGCCAGAGUGUGUGACCAGUGCCACAGGGAGCUGAAGAGAAAAGAAUUAAUGACAGUGAAUGAAAAGGCUCCAUCGUUAUUCACUCGCUCACCAGGCACUACCAUCUCGUCAGUGUUUCACAGUUUCCACACAACCUCCCUCCGCAAACAGAAGAGGGUUCCAAUGGCUCUGAAGGAGAUUGAAGCCUCAGCUGAGGGAGUGUCAAUGAGUGGAUAUCUCCAGAGGUGUAAGAGGAACAAGAGACAUUGGAAGAAACUCUGGUUUGUCAUCCAUGAGAAGGUGCUGUACACAUACAGAGCGAGUGGUAACAAAGUCGCUGCAGAGAGCUUGCCUUUAUUGGGCUUUACUAUUAAGGGAUCAAAGGAUGAUGACCACUCUGGACCCAGUGUACUGUUUCAGCUUUACCACAAGAACGUCCUUUACUACACAUUCAAAGCCGAGGACACACACACAGCACAGAGGUAA